AAGUAAAAAGGACCAAAAAAAAAAAAAGUUUCAGCUUUUCUUCUCCCGAUAAUCUCUCAUAAAAAGCUGACACUUUUGCUUCCUCUCUCCCUCUCUCUCACUAUAUGUUCUGUGCGCAGAAACGUCGUAGCCCGCCGGGAGAAGAGGCUGUCUGCACAUAGCAAAAUGCUGGAAUACGAAUGGGGCAACACUGGCACAAUCAUGCUAUCGGGCGAGGAAGAAACCAACCAGGAUUCUGACCAAACUCGCCAAAUCUUCGACCACUACGCUCAACCCUUCCAUAACAACAGCUUUAACCCUCAGCCCACAACUACCGCUUUCUCUCACUUCAAUCCGCAACAAACCCAUACCCAUACUCAUUCACAGCUCCACCACUCCCUCUUCGACCCACGCGCCUACCCACCCAGCGCGUCUCCGUACGCACCACCACAGCUCCUCUCCCUCGAUCCCGUUACCGGUGCCGCCGGAAGCGGAGGCGGGUACCUUGUAGUCCCCAAGAGCGAAGAGAUUUCUAGGCCCGUGGACUUCGUCUCCAGACUGGGGCUCAACCUGGGUGGCCGCACGUACUUCUCCUCGGCCGAGGACGAAUUCGUGAAUCGGCUCUACCGCAGGGCCAGGCCGGCAGAGCCCGGUUCGGCUAACUCGCCCAGGUGCCAGGCCGAGGGCUGCAAUGCCGAUCUGACACACGCCAAGCACUACCACCGUCGCCACAAGGUCUGCGAGUUCCACUCCAAGGCCUCCACUGUCAUCGCCGCCGGUCUGACUCAGCGAUUCUGCCAGCAGUGUAGCAGAUUCCACCUUCUUUCCGAGUUUGAUAAUGGAAAACGUAGCUGCCGGAAGAGAUUGGCCGAUCACAAUCGCCGCAGGCGAAAAACUCAUCAGCAGCCCAAUCCAGAAAGUCUGAAAUCCCAGCAGGAGAACCCUCACAAUUCACCUCCUGAUAAUCUCACUAGGUCACCGCCCGACUCCGGAGCUCACUCCUCGUCGUCGGUGACAGUGGCCUUGUCCCCGCCACGAAUGUCGUUGGAUUGCUUCAGGCAGAGACCUUAUCAAGCCACGGCUUCUUCGGCAUCAUCAAGCUCACUUUUUUUCUCAAGUGGAUGACAUUGUCAAAACGCAAUUCAAGGGCUUCUGUAGAGAAAUGGAGGAGGGAUAUUAUUAGCAAAUAACAUAGUGAUCAUCAUCUUGAUUAAUUUCCUUUCUUUUUCUUUUCCUGGGUUAGUUUUAUUUUCCCCUGUAUUUCGGUGCUUAAUCAGCCUAAAUUGGUGUUUGUAACAUCAUAUGGAGCAUCUAAUAUUAUAUCUUCCGUGGAGAAGAGAUUCCCAAGUACUUAUUGUCUUUGUACUCUUCAUCAUUUCUCAUCAACAAGGAAAUUAAGUUAAUUCCA